CACAAAGCAAAACACCACAAUGUUUCAGCGGUUGACAGUAAUCUUCAUUCUAUCUUUCCUUGCAUCCCACUCCCUUCAUGUCUCAGCAAGGACAUGGUGUGUGGCUGAUCCAUCGGCAAGUGAUGCACAAUUGCAAACUAACCUUGAUUACUUAUGUGGUAUAUUACCUGAAGCGUAUUGUGUCAUAAUCGGGCCUGGAGGACCUUGCUAUGAGCCAAAUACUGUUGCUAACCAUGCAUCAGUUAUGAUGAAUGAAUACUACAAGUUAAACGGGGCCACUGAAAAGGCCUGUGAUUUCAAUCAUUCUGGUCGAAUCGUUGAUACUAAUCCAAGUUAUGGUGGUUGUUCGUUUACAUAGUUUGGUAAAUUAUUUUGUAUUUUUCUUAUGAAUAAUACAUUUAUGUGAAAUCACAAUUGUUUUAAAAGAUUAUAUAAGGUUAAUAAAAUUUGUCCAAAAAAAUGUAAUGUUAAUUAUAUUUUUAUUUUGA